UACUCUGAGCAUCUUCUGAAAGGAUACCAUGGCUCUGAGCUCAGUUCUGUGCUUGUUUUUUGUCCUCUCGGUGCUGCCAGCAAAUUCACAACAUCUGGAGAUACAGAAGAUCACUGUGCUUGAGGGAGAACCAGCAAUUCUCAACUGCACAAUAAAUGGCAGUGAGUCAGCAGUCAUCGAGUGGAAAAAUCCAAGAGGUUAUGUUAUAUUCUUUACCAACAUGCGAGGUCUCAAAGACACAAGGUACAAGUUAGUGAACUUCUCAAACACCAUGUUAAUUGUCAGCCUUCUUAAUACCACAGUAGAAGAUGGAGGCACUUACACUUGUUUACAAUACGGAUACGCAAUAGAAACUAAACAAGUGCUCCUAAGAGUUCUAGCACCGCCAAAUCGCCCUACGCUGUCCAUGACCAAGCAUGAGUUGCAUGGAGAAGAGAAGAAGGUUUUCACAUGUAUUACCACCGGAAGCAAACCCAAGCCCCAAAUCACCUGGCUGCUAAACAACGAAGUGAGGCUGCAAGUGCACACAACGUAUGAACUUGAAAAUAAUGGACUGAAGUUUACAACAACCAGCACGCUGAAAAUCAUCGAACAUUACAAUGAAUUGAGAAUUGACUGUCUGGUUGAACAUGAAGGCUUGACGAAUACUCUUAGAGCAACUUUACAAUUUGGCAGUAAAUCAAGAAAAAUCCAAAUAAUAGUACCCACGAAUAGCAGUGAGAAGGAUGAAAGCAUCACCUCGGACACAUCUUCUUCCACUGAUUAUAAUCCUCUCCGAUCGACUGAAUCGUACACGCACACAACAAAUGAAAUCAGACCAGAAUCAAUGACUGAAAACAGCACCCAAAAUGCUUUCCCAACCAGCCAUUCUUUCUUCACAUCAACAGAAGAUCCCCAAAUCCUUACAAACGAAAGUGAGACGUCAAUGAAUUCAAACUCAACAACCGAUGAAGAGUCACCAGUAACAGUUAGUGGUCAAAGCACCUUGCAAACUAAAGCAGAUUUGCACACCUCAUUCUACAGCAAUUCAACUGAAAGCAACAGCACAGAGCAACAUGAAGAGAAAUCUGAAAACCGCAGCAAUCAAACGAACCAAAUGAAGCAUAGCACAGCUUUAAUACUGAUACUUAUAGCAUUCCUGAUCUGUGCUUUAUUCAUUAUUAUCCAAUUAUUUGUGCUAAAAGUGAGGAAAGAGCACAUGAAAUGGAAAAAACAGAAUGAUGAUUCUGAACAAACCGUUGAAAGCAACAGAUCAAACAAGUCAAGUAAUGAAGACAAUUUUCGACACGAAAGUAAUAAUCGAGAGCAAAAUUUAGUCACGCAGUAUGCAGUUCGUAUAAAUUCAGUGGAACAUUUGGAGCAGCAACAUUCCAACGGCAUCCACGAAGAUCACCUAAAUAAAACCGAAAAAGAAAGUGAUGUAUAAUAUAAGCUAUUUUGCAGUAGAGUAAAACUUAUCUUUGUUUUGUACAGUUUAAAAAUGUUUUAAAAAUUAUCUUCUACGCUCGAUGACUGAAUUUCAACUUCUAUUUUCAUACAAUUGUAAUUUAUAAAAAAUAUACAGCAAGUUAUUCUGCCCCUUGUAUUCUAUGCAGUGAAUUUAUUGCUUCGGGCUAAACUCUUAUGUUGCUCCAGUGACUUUAACAAAUUUGUCCCUCUGAACUUAUAAAUAAAUGAAAUACAAUUUUAAGCUAUGAAUAACACAUUAUAAAUGUAGAAUUCAAUUUUACUUUCAAAAUUGCAUUACACUUAUUUCUAAACAUAGCUAAUAAUAUUAAUUAUAAGAAGACGGACAUAUUUCUAAAGCAUAGAUGGCUAAAG